GAUAGAGUAGAGUAGUGUAACAGCUGACCCUUAGUGGUGCUGGACGAAGAGUCCACGAAUUCCGAUUACGCUCUUAUUUUGCUCAUUUUGGUGCCUUUUCACGUACCGGCUUUGCCCUCUGUUACUCUAACUUGGAAGGUGUAACAACCAACCUCCCCCCCUCCCCCAAGAGGUGUAUUUAGCGGCUAACAAUGGCCGCCCAGCUGCUGAACUCGUCGGAACGAUGCGUGGACGAUGCCCUGGAAGGAAUGGCAGCCCUGCAUCCGGGCCUUUAUCUCAUACCCAACCAGCGUUUAAUAGUCGACCGUGACCGGGUCAUCGAAGGAGCACGAAAAAAGCUGGCACUAGUCAGCGGGGGAGGGUCAGGUCACGAGCCCUUCUCAGCAGGUUUCGUAGGAAGAGGAAUGCUGGGAGCAGCCGUAGCGGGACCCAUCUUCACCUCCCCUCCGACGGGACUGAUUGCCAACGCCAUUGCUACUCUUGGGUCGGGAAAUCCCGAGGGCGUGUUAGUUAUCGUCUUCAAUUACACGGGCGACCGAGUGAAUUUUGGACAAGCCGUCGAGCGCUGUAAGGUUGCAGGUAUCAAGGCUGAAAUGUACAUAUCCGGUGACGACUGCGCUCUAACGCGGCUGGAAGGUACAGCCGGUCGGAGAGGCUUAUGCGGAACGAUUUUCAUCUUCAAGAUAGUUGGAGCCAUGGCUGAGGCCGGGGCGAGCCUCGAAGAAGCGAUGGCGACCUGUCGAAGCCUAGGAGAGUCCAUGGGGACCAUCGGUGUUGCCGCUAGCGGAUGUACCCUGCCUGGAGCGUCGUCGCCCCUGUUCAGCGUCCCCGACGGGAUGCUCGAGUUGGGUUUAGGCGUGCAUGGCGAGGCUGGGGCCAAGACAAUCAAGGCUGGAUCUGCCCAGGAAGUGGUGGAGUGCUUAUUAAAUCACUUAACUAAAGAAGAUUCGGCCUCUCGUCUUAACCUCCAAGAAGGAGACGAAGUAGCGGUCCUCGUCAGCAAUCUGGGCUCUGUUUCCCAGCUGGAAAUGGGCGUUAUUGCCAAAGAAGUCACCGAACAGCUAAGGAGGAGAGGUGUGAAGCCAUUGCGUGUGUACCAAGGAUUGGUGAUGACCAGUCUUGACAUGAAAGGCUUCCACAUUUCCAUACUCCGACUCGUAGAUUCUCGUUGGGUUGCUCUUCUGGAUGAACCAACUUCAGCUCCCUCAUGGCCAAAACGUUGUGUGCCCCUGGAAAACCCACAGGCACCAGUCAAGUUAUCUUUGUUUUCACUGGACAUCUCACAAAAGCAGAUGGUGAACUGCUACUCGCUAGAAGACAGAAGUACCUGUGAUGUAUUCAGAGCUUGCCUCGAUGCAGUUGUGAAAACAGUCCCCAAAUAUGAAGACAUGUUAAAUCAUUUGGAUACAGGAUGUGGAGAUGGAGACUGUGGAUCUACUCUUAUAGCAGGGAUUAACGCUCUUUCUGGACAGAUUCCAGACCUUCCCUUCAAUCACCCUGGAAGGGUCCUUGCAGUGAUCAGCGACAUUGCUGUCAGCAGCAUGGGGGGCACGUCAGGCGGCCUCUACUCCAUCCUCUUCACUGCGACAGCCAACAGUUUACUGUCCACCACAUCGAGACGACACAGGGAGGUGUGGAUGGCUGCCCUGAAGGCUGGGGUUCAGGCCGUCAGCAAAUAUGGCGGGGCGUCUGCUGGGGACAGGACUAUGCUGGAUGCCCUGAUCCCGGCCUUAGAUGCCCUCGAGUCCUGUACGAACGAGGAAGACCUGAAGGCCAUCUUGAGGGUGAUGGCGAAGGCGGCUGACGCAGGAGCCAAGAAGACUGCCCAUAUGAAGGCCAGAGCUGGAAGAGCAAGUUACGUCAGAGAAGAGACGGUCGUUGGGGAAGACGCCGGCGCACGCGCAGUUGCUUGUGUUCUGCAGGCAAUGGCCACUUGGUGAAGUGGAACAAGGAUGCAGGAAAAUGUGUUGCAAAUUUCUUCUAGGCUUUGGUAAUUGAAUCGGCGUCAAUGGAGGAUGAUCAUGGCUGAAAAUUCUGGAUAACUGAUGGUGGAUAAUUAAAUGUAAAAAUUUUAUGUUGGAUAAUUGAAUCCGGGUAAAUGAUGUUAGAUACUUAGAUACUUGUGUUAGAUCACGGAUCUUGGUUAAUCUGACUGGGAUGGUCUAUAUUUGGUAAUUGAAUUACAUAAGCUAAACGACAAUUGAAAUUAGGUCAUUAUUCACAGAACCUCUAAUCUUGGUCAAUAGGGGUGCACAAGUGAGCUUAUGUUGGUCCAUGACCAGAGUUCUAUCCACAAGAGCCUGACAGCAGCGAGGGACUGGUUAAAGGGUCAUCUUGGAAUUGAAGUUCUGGAGCGCCCACCCACUUGUCACAGAAUCUAUCAAGAUUCUGUUCUAAGAAAAUCUUUACAGUUUUAAUCUCUGUAUACAGUGGGCAGUGAAGAAUAAACUCUGGAUGUGGGA